AUGAACAAAAUUCACAAAGCAAAGCAUAUAAUUUCCCGACCAAAAAAUGGUGUUUCCGGAUUUAUCUUUCAGUGUCGAAAAAUAGAAUUCAAUUACUGCGAACGCAGUGGGAGUAGUCGUGGUAUGAUUGAAUAUUUAAAAAGUCGACUUAUAUCUUUUGCCAAGAAAAAUCCACAAAUUGAAAUUAUAGUAACUCCUCGACCUUCAAAGCAUCCUCUAAUUCGUGGGACUUACUUAAACGGGUUUCAAAAGGACAUUUGUGUAAGAAACAAAGAACCAAAAGAUAUCUCGGAAGUCGUUCAACUGAUACGUGACCACACUGGUUAUAAGGCAAAAGGAAGAUUCAAGAAACCGGUCAUUUCGACAACCCCAAGUGUCAGAGGUAUUUGGAGCCCGUUCAACACCAGACCACAUGUUAUUUGA